AUGAAGCUCUGUUGCGUGACUGUGGAGGACAACGCGGGCGUCAUCGUGAACGACAAGGGCGAGAUGAAGGGCUCUGCCAUCCAGGAGUGCGCAGAGCUUUGGCCCAAGAUCGCCUCGUGCGUGGGAAGCUCAGUCGGAGCUGACGGUGGCGAAGCCUGGACCCACGCAAGCGCCCGCCAUCUGCUGAUCAGCCGGCCAAAGGAGCACAAUGCGUCUGCGGUGAAAACACAACGAGAGCACAUGCAGUUCGCACAUCCGCAGCUUUGGCUCAGAGUCCAGUUGCCUUCUGACCACCUCGACCAGCUAAGCCAGAGCCAGAUCUUGGUAGCUUUCUUGAACUUUGCCCCUGAGGCCGGGUCUGGCUUCUUGGUGCUGGGCGCCCUGGCCUACCUGGCCUGGGGCCCCAGCUUCACGGGCCCGGCGCUGAAGACCGACAGGCAAGAGAGCGCUGUGGUCCGCAUGGCUGGCUCCUCCAAGUGGGUGAACCCAGUGGAUCCUGAGAUGUCCCACCCCAGUGGUCUGUACGUCCUUCCUCUGAAGCCGGCGAAGAAGACCGAGCCUUACGUCUACACCUGGAAGAAGGACGAGAAGACUGGUGAGCUGAAGGAUUACGUGAAGACGCCUUACAAGGGUUUCGAGAGGGCCUCCCACUUCUACGUGAACCGCAAGCAAAACGGAGCCUGGGACCACUGGGGCCCAAGCGGGGAAGGAAACUCGGGUGCUGACUUCAACUACCUGGAGUUCUUCAAAGAGGAAAUCAGAAAUGAGAACGCCACCAUCAAGAUUGGGGCUGUGAACAACCUGCACCUCAUCGCCUCGGCUUUAGGGCCGCAGCGGACGGUCACCGAGCUGAUCCCGUAUGUCGUGCAGGUGGUGCAAGAGGAGCCUUUGUGCAACGAUGACGAGUUCCUCUAUUCAAUGGCAAGGCAGUAUGCCGUGUUGUCUGACUACAUCAACGGCCAUGACGAUCUGCUCAUAGCGCCUCUGGAGCACCUAGCGGCGCAGGAAGAGACCGUCAUCCGAGACCAGGCGAUCCAAUCUUUGUGCAAGGUCAUUGAGAAGAGGCCUGCACUAGCGCCGGACCAUCUGGUGCCGACUCUUCAUCGUCUGGCCACGAAAACAGACUUCUUCACCGCUCGGGUUUCGGCUUGCGCACUCCUUCCCCUUGCCUACCGUCAUGUGAAAGAUGAUCAGAAGGCGGGCUUGCGGAAGGCCUUCACGAUGCUUUGUGCCGAUGAGACGCCAAUGGUGCGUCGCGCUGCGGCGCACAAGAUGCGUGACUUCGUUUCUGUCUGCGCGAAGCAGGAUCUUCUCACAGACCUGAUUGGCGUCUACAAGCAACUGUCGCAGGAAGACACUCAGGACACAAUUCGUGUCGCCUGUGUUCAUGCCACACUGGUGAUUGCCAAGAUGCUGAACGCCGAUGAGAACCGCCAGCACACCGUGACAGUCAUCAAGGAUGCUGCAGAAGACCGCUCCUGGCGUGUGAGGCUGACGGUAGCCAAGAACUUUGACCAGCUCUGCCAAGCCUUCGGUCCGGAGCUGACGGCUCAAAAGCUGAUGCAGCCUUUCAUCCAGCUGAUGAAGGACAACGAGCAGGAGGUGAGGAAGGAGGCCGUGCGCGUCAUUGAGGCGUGCCUCAAUCUGCCAGAGCCUCUCACAUCUGAGCAGCUCCAGCAGCACAUUCUGCCUCAGUUCCAGGGUCUGGGCCUGGAUCCUGCGCAAUCCGUGCGAGCUGCCCUGGCGCAAGUUUUGGGUCCGGUGGCAAAAGCCCUCGGCCGUGACGUCACACAACGACAGCUACUGAGUCUCAUCUCCGAUCUCAUGAAGGACGAGUUUCAUGAUGUGCGGCUGAACAUCGUCUCGCAUGCCGGCCUCAUCUGCGAAGUUUUGAGCGUUGAUGGCCUGGUCCACUCACUUCUGCACACAGUACAGAACUUGAUCAUGGACAAUCACUGGCGAAUCCGUCAGAGCGUUGUAGAGCAAGUUCCGAAGCUGUCGCGACUCUUCGGCAUGGAGAUGUUCCAGUCCAAGCUGGAGACCAUCUUCCUGUCCAGCUUGCGCGACUCCGUGCACUCAGUGCGCCAGGCUGCCAUCCAGCACCUGAAAGAGAUUGCUGAUACUUUCGGUUCCCAGUGGACAGUGGAGCACUUGCUGCCCAAGCUGGUCGAGCAGUACUCCGGCAGCGUAGGCUACGCGAACCGCGUGACAACGCUCCACGUGCUGCCGCAAGUGUCGGGGGUGAUGACGCCGGAGCAGCUUGUGCAGUACAUAGUGCCUCUUCUCAUCAAGGCUACCAAGGACACUGUGCCCAACGUGCGCUUCUGCGCUUGUCGAACCAUCAUGUGGAUGAUGGAGCACCACAAUCUGGGGAGCCAGACUAUCACCUCCACCAUCAAGCCGUGUUUGCAGGAGCUGGAACACGACCCGGACAUCGACGUCCAGUACUACGCGCAGCGCGCGUUGCUUCUCUGCUAG